UGUUCGGAUUUCCAUCCGACUGCUCCUUCUAUAUCAUUUUAUUCUUGUUCAGUAAACGAAGUUACACGAAUGAUGGCGUUGAUUGAAAAUCCGCUAACGUAUCCUUGGCCUUGGAGAGAAAAGGAGGAGCAAUAUGAAGGGUGCACGAAGUUCAGUCGAAAAGAACAGACUUCUGUACUAUCAGCAGCAAAGGACAACGAAGACAACGCGAUUUCGAACGUUCUAGUAUUUCUGAUGCUAUGUAAUGGCCAUUGGCCGGCUUCCUUCAGAAAUUUCACUCCCCACAAGUCGACAUUUUUUGUUUGUUUAAUAUUCAGUGUGAACAAGGACAAAGUAAUAUUUCUUAAAUGAACUCCCGCGUUUUUGUCGGGUGUUCGUCUUGAAUCGGAUCUCUGAGCCAUUAAACUGUGCAAGUUGUGGUAUUCUAUAGUAUAUCUGUAUUAUAUAUAUUCGAAAAGAAAGAAGAAACGUACUCUUACAGAGAAAUAUAAGUAUUAUAAGAGAAAAUCCUUAGCUCACAUCAGAGGAAGGAAGGCGAAUUGAUUGAAUUGAUUGAUAAGGAAUUUUUCGACGGAAUUCUUUCUUUUAACUUGAAAAAUGGCGAAAAGCAUGAAUUCCUUGAAGGAUGGUUUUAAGAUUGAGUAUAUAAGAACUAUAUUAAUAAACACAUGCCAGGCUAUGUCAGGCUAUAUUCUUACAUAUUUGUUGUAUUAUUCCAGGGAUUUGAUGAACAAAGAUGGAAUGAUUUUUGAAAUUGGAGAUAAUGACGUUACUAACAAUGAGGAGGAUGAAGAAUUUUCAUAUUCUUCACAUGUACAAUUUAGCAAUGAAGAGAUGUUAAAUAUGUUAAACAUGAAUGAUUUUGAAGAUGAAGAGGAAGAUGAGAAAGAAACUGUAUCACUCUGUGGUAUAAGCUUUUCAAAACUGAAAAUAAAGAUGAUGAAUUUAAUUCCAAAUGGAAAAGUAAUGAAGUAUAUUAAACAGAAAGGUGUUGGAGAAAUUAUACCAAAUAAUGCUCAAGCAAUUGUCCAUUAUAUUGGAUAUUUUGAAUACAGAGAUGAGCCUUUUGAUUCUACUUACUCUGUUGGGAGACCAAGAUCGUUGCGUUUAGGCCAAAGUUUUAUUAUACCUGGUUUAGAAAUUGGUAUACGUACUAUGCAAAAGCAUGAAAUAGCAGUAUUUUUGAUACAUCCUGAUUAUGCUUACAAGGCUGUUGGUUGUCCACCACGUAUUCCACCUAAUGAGGAAGUGGUCUUUGUUGUUCACUUAGUUGAUUAUAUUGACGAUGGUUGUGCACAAACAUAUCAAAAUCUUACAGAUGAGGAGAAACAAUUAUUUAAAUAUGUGGUACAGCCUGUGAAACAUAUGUUUGUGAGUGCCAAAGACUAUUGUACAAAAUUUAAUUACAAACAGGCGAUACGAGAAUAUAGAAAAAUUACUGAUUGUUUGGAAUCAAUCAAGUUAAAUGAUGAUUUGGAAGAAAAAGAAAUGAUUGAAUUACUUUCACGAGCUUAUACCAAUCUUGGAGUUUGUCAUAACAAGGAAAACAUGCCUACUAAAGCUUGCUUAGCUUUAAGGAAAGUUCCAAAACCAACAGCUAAAAGCCAUUAUCAGUAUGGAAAAGCUUUGCUGAAUAUUGGAGAAUAUAAUGAAGCAAUGAAUGAGUUCCAGAAAGCUUGGGUGUUAGAACCGCACGAUGACUCUAUUAAAAAAGCAAUUCGGACAACAAAUUUGAAACAGCGUGAAUAUCUGGAAAUAGAGAAACGUUUGUGGAAAAAUUGCUUCAAAUCCAAGGAAGAACAAAUUAAAGUUAAUGAAUUUCGAAGAGCCGCCCGCGAUUUGUGUGAAAAACUUAUCAAUAAUAAUGAUGCAGUAAGACAAAAUCUCUCAGAGGGUUUUACAAAAGAAGAAUAUGAAAUUAUACGUGAGGAAGCGGCUAUAUUAGGAUUAAAUGUCGUUACAUCUAUCAGAUAUGGCAAAGAAACUAUAUUUCUUCAAAAAAGCAGAUAAAAUUACAUUACUGUUAUUUUUAAAAUUACAAUAUCCAGAAUUCUUCAAUACAUCUUGGUAUUGCAAUUCUUAUAAUUGUUGAUGUAUAAUCGUUAAUGUACUACAAUAUUGUGCAAAGUUAGUUUGACUUUAAGAAGUUCUGUGAUGCACGCCACUAUAGUAUUUCGAUAUAUACACUGCUAGUACUGAAUAUCUAUAGUAUACAUAACGUAAAUUAUUAUAGAGUUUCAAUACUAUCAAUGUAUAUUGGAACAAUAUCAUAACUCGACCAAAAAGAAUUAUAGUAUAUGUCAACUAAAUUAGUAAUAAGAUCUGACAAUAUCAAAAUCAAUAUUUUUUAUUCUUGAUUUUUGUCCUAAAGGUAAUAGAUUUAUGAAUAUUUACAAAACUCAUGUUAUCUAUGUUUAAGCAUUGCCAAAUAUAGGAAAGGUAUAUACAACGAAAUUUCAAUAAUAGUAUUCAGUUUAAAUUAGGAUAAACAAAUACCGGAUGUUCGUGGAGCAACUUAGGUAUUUUAUUGUUCGAUGUUAGUAAUAAGAUCUAAUGGAUUGAAUAAUCCAAGAAUAUAUUUACUUAUGUAAUAUGAAGGUAUAAAAG